GAGGCACAAAUGAUUGUAGCAUUGUACUAGAAGAAACGACUAUUAAUGAACUGAUGAUUGCUAAAUUGAUAUAAAACAAAACUUGUGAUAAAAAAAAAUAGAGCAACAUUUCGAGCAUUACUUAAAGUUCCAAUGAAUUUCUGAUUCUAGAAGAUGCAACAAUUAUAAAAAGUGGUUCAGGUGAAGAUCUUUUUCAUGCUCACUUAGGGACUCUGUACUUUAUAUCUGUCCGUCUAUGUUAUUUCAACUUCCAACCGUUUGGCCGGAAUCAGGAUCUAAACUGUGCUUUCGGUGCCAUUUCCAAUUGUGUUUUGCAACCAUUUUUUUUUCCUUUACAAACCUUUUAUUUGCUCUAGUGUUCUCUUUUGUUAGUUGAUCUUGAAAAGAGUAGCAAUACUAAAACCUCUCUGCUUAUACAUAUAUUUUAGGUGACUAUUUUUGUAUUUUAAUUUAUAUUGAUCGUAAUUUUUUAUAUAAUGUUUAUCGAAGUUUUAAGGGUCUUCUGGUUCUUAUCAAGAUUAUAAAUAAUAGCAUCAUUCACGAAAUUCAGAAUCAGAAUAAUGGGACUACUGAUGGCACCGAAACUUCUUUCUAGAACUAGUAAUAUUCUGUUUGAGACGGCAGUGAAGUUUCUGUGGCCAGCCCAUGUGUUUGAUUAAGUCUAAAGAUUGCAAUAUAAGUUAUUAAUUAAUUAUAUACACAAGACAAGGUAACAGAAGAUGGAUCAAUUUGUCUAGUUAUACAUGAGUUAAUAUAUAAUUCUUUGAUUAUAUAUAUAAUGCUGCAUGCAGUAGUGCAAGUAGCUUACUCUCACACUCUUCAGCAUACAUCUUAUGGCAACGCAAAACUCCUUGGUUUUUACGGUAACAAGGCGGCCUUCGGAGCUAAUAACUCCGGCAAAGCCGACCCCGCACGACUACAAACUCCUAUCCGACAUUGAUGAUCAAGAGGGUUUUCGUUUCCAGCUCCCUUUCAUUUAUUUUUACCCAAAGCAAAACAUACAGAAAAUGGACCCUGUGAAAGUCAUUAGGGAAGCACUUUCCAAAACGCUUGUAUUUUACUACCCUCUUGCAGGGCGGUUGCGCCAAGGCGCUGGACGGAAACUGGGCGUGGAGUGCAGCGGAGAAGGGGUGGUGUUCGUUGAAGCUGAUGCUGACGUUACACUUGAGCAAUUUGGGGGUGAAUUUCAGCCACCAUUUCCGUGUUUCACGGAGCUUCUUUUUGAUGUUCCUGGGUCAGUAGGAAUUCUUGAUUGCCCUCUGUUACAUGUUCAGGUAACUCGGCUCAGAUGCGGUGGUUUUAUAUUAGGCUUGCGGAUUAACCAUGUAAUGUGUGAUGGUGCUGGGCUUUUUCAGUUUAUGUUUGCUCUAAGUGAAAUGGCUAGAGGUGCAAGUGCCCCAUCUAUUCUUCCGGUGUGGCAAAGAGAACUGCUCAACGCGAGGGAUCCACCUCGUGUUACAUGCAACCACCACGAGUACGAUGAUGGAGAUGUAACAAACCGAGCCACCACACCUGAUGAUAAAAUGGUCCAUCGCUCAUUCUUCUUCGGAGCCAACGAGAUUCUUGCUCUCCAUGGACUGAUUCCUCGUAACUUUAUGAUCACGUGUUCUACCUCUGAAGUGCUUACUGCUUUCUUAUGGCGGUGCUACACUCGUGCCCUACGGCCUAGCCCUGAAGAGAAGGUUCACUUGCUCUAUCUUGUCAGUGCUCGUAGCAAAUUUAAUCCUCCACUGCCCAGGGGAUACUAUGGAAAUGCAUUUGCAUCUCCAGCUGGUUUUAUGACAGCCAAAAAGCUUUUCAAGAGUUCAAUUGGUCAUACCAUAGAAUUUGUUAAACAACUUAAAAGAGAUGUCACGGAGGAGUACAUGAGAUCCGUCACUGACCUGAUGGUUUUGAAAGGACGGAAACCUAAUUCCAUAGUUGCGCGAAGCUUAAUCGUGUCAGACAUAACACGGGCACCAUUUGGAGACAUUGAUUUGGGGUGGGGAAAACCAGUCUAUGGUGGCCCGGCCAAAGGCGGGUUGGGUGGCGACCAGCCUGUGGCAACAUGUAGUUACCUAUCAUUCAAGAACAAGAAUGGUGAGAAUGGAAUUUCGGUGACAGUUUGCUUACCGGCUUCUGUUAUGGCAAAUUUCGGGGUGCAACUUGAUAGCCUGUGGAAGAAUAAGGGUCUCUUUGUCAUUGAUAAUAAUAGUUCACUUCAUAUCGAAUCAGCACUAUAACUGAAAAAGUGUGAUAUUUCCAGGCCUAUCAUAUUUGUUUCUUUGUGUUUUGAGGUCCAA